CAAUGGGCCUCUUGGUGAUUUUGGGGUUCAGAAUUUGGGCACAACGUCGUAAAUCCUUUAUAUCCCAAAUUCCACUGUUCUGCAUCACAGUUUAGCAUAGAGUGCUAUCCAGUACAUGAGAUGCCAUUUACCACCUCCACAAAAUUAACUCCAAAUGGAUCUUGCACCCAAAUGUGAAAUGUGACAUGUAGAACUUCUGGGAGAGUCUUGAGAAACUAGGCCUCACUGAGUUUGGCAACCUGCCCAGGCCUUGGGAGGUUUCUCAACGGCACUGAGGUAAAGAACAAAACCAGAUCUCCUCUAAAUCUGGGAAUACUGGGAGAGUUGGUGAAGGGGAGGGGUUGUUUCAUAUCAUAUCCCGAGAACCCAGCUCUUUCUACGCGUGCUGCUGUGGUUAUCAGUGCCAUGGCCACUGUGAACUUUGUUUAUAAUGUUCCUGACGUACCCUGCAUUCCUCUUGUGCAACAUCUGGUUAGUCUCUUCCUGGGUUUGUGUACUUCCUUUUAAAACUGACCCAUUGAUCUACACUAGCCAGAGACCUAUUAAAUCUAGUGCAAACCUCCAGUCCAUCUGGGAUAGGUCUGUGCUUAGCCAGGAAGGCAGGACUGAGACCCACUAUGCUGUGUUCCUGAGGCUCACCGGUUCCCCACGGGGAAUUAUUCCUGUCACUCAGGCCUCACCAGCCAAUCAGGAUCUCCACAAGACCCGUCAGUCAGAUGGGAGGGUUCUUCCGUUCGCCGGAUUUCUGGCUCAGCCCCUCCCACUGCGGAAGUCGGAAGCUACUCGGUUGCGCUGUGCCGUGGGCUUUGCUGUGGAGAGAGCGUGUGAGCUUGACCGCCUGGCCAUCGUGAGCGAGGGGCUGCUGCCCACAGACGCGGAGGAGGAGUGUCCGGCCAUGAAUGCAGUGACCUAUGAUGAUGUGAAUGUUACCUUCACUCGGGAAGAGUGGGCUUUGCUGGAUCCUUCCCAGAAGAAUCUCUACAAAGAUGUGAUGCUGGAAACCUACAGGAACCUUACUGCUAUAGGCUACAGUUGGAAAAAUCAUAAUAUUGAAGAACAUUGUCAAAGUUCUAGAAGACACGAAAGGUAA